UCUGCCACUUGCACGGCUUGGGCAUCCACCAGUGUCAUUUAGGAGCGGCUCCCAGCAAAGCAAAUCACACUGGUUUCCUGUGAGCCGUGCGUGAUCCACGCUGGGCCUCAAGGCGGCUGCGAAAGCACGCGGGUGGGCAGAGGGUCCUAAGCUGGGUCGGUCUGGAGAGCUCAGUUAACUGAAACCAUAAGUCUGUGCUUGCCCCACAUAUAAUCACAUUCAGGCUGCACUCUCCCCCUGCCAUUAUAUAACAGGUACUGGAGUAAUGACUUUCAGUAAUGCUCUUUGAAUGGCAGGAGUCGAGUCCAAUUUAUGACUAUUUUUUUUUUUUUAAGGUGGCGGAAGAGUAGAUUGGCAGAGGGGAGAAAGAGUCAGAUUGGUUUGCCUGCAAGCUGUGUUUUGCUUUUGGAGCUUUAAAGGACGGGCACGUUCUUCCAUUUCUGCUAAUCCUCCUCUGAUACAGAGGAUUUUCCUGCCAUUAAAUGAUAGCUUGUGAGAAAAAAAUGCCAAUGCUUCAGAGACAGACUUGUCUGGCUAACGGCAGGCUCCCGAGCAGCAGGGAGGACACAGCCACUGCCAGGCGAGGUAAGCAAUGCAUCUAGAUGAUUUCCGUUGGGAAUUUUAAUUUUGGUUGUUCAACACUAAGCUGGUUAUGCUCCUCUGUAGCAGCACCUAUUGCUUGGGGAAAUGGCCAGUCUCUGACUGUUGGUGGUCUUUCCCCACCUCAGGUAGGAACGUGCCCUCGGCACAGCUGGUGGGAAGGAGGCGGGCGAGCGGGUGGAAAAGAAUAGCACAAAGCUGCAGGACUCACUGAAAAGGUCAGUGGUGGAAGAAAGAUAUUUAAUAGGAAGGUGUGGCGGGCUGGGGGCUCGAUCAGUUUGAAACCACAUGGGAGAGAGCCUUUUGUGUUGAUCUUCCUUUCUAACAUAGACCCUGUUAUGGGAAAAUGAUGCAGGCAAAUGACAGAGGAUGAAACCUGUCUCUGUUCUUCCUUUCUGCUUUUAGAUGCCUCAAGUUUGCUUGCCCGACCUGAAAUGCCACUAGUGAAUAAUCAAGGUAAUGUUUGCGAUCAUUUUAAAUGUUAUCCUUUGCGUCCCCCAUGUCCAUGCGGUGUGGGCCUGUGUGCGAUCCUGCCCGGCCAACUGUGUGUGUACCCAGGAGCGGAGCUGCUCCGUCCUCUGUGAUCGUGCUGGUCUGGGGCAGAUCCCUAGUGAAUUCCCUUGUGAAGCCUCCUCUAUCAACUUGGAUAAAAACAGCAUUAAGUUCCUCUCUGAGAGGGCCUUUGGUACUUUGCCUUCCCUCAAAUCCCUGUCGCUCAGCCACAAUAAUAUCUCCUUCAUUACGCCGGGGGCUUUCAAGGGACUGCCCAGCUUGACCGAGCUGAGAAUGGCUCACAACGAGUACAUUCGCUAUCUCCACACGCGGACUUUCACUGCCCUCAGACGGCUCAUCAAGCUGGACCUAGCUCACUGCAACCUUUUCAAUAUCCCGGACAGGAUUUUCAUUGAUCUCCCUGCUCUGCAGGAGCUUUUCUGUUUCCAGAACAACUUCCGAAGGAUACCAGGUGCGAUUAGGGGCAUGGAGAACUUGACCCACGUUUACCUGGAGAGAAACAGGAUCGAAGCGGUGGCCUAUAAUUCUCUGCAAGGCCUGACCAGGCUGAAAUACCUGAAUCUGCAGGACAACAAGAUAAACGUCGUUCAUGAGGGAGCUUUUCAGGCCUGCCAGAAGAUGGAGUAUCUGUACCUGAAUGACAACUUGAUCGGUGAGCUUCCAGAAAACUCUUUCGAUGGCCUGAGGUGCCUGAAAAUGCUCAACCUCGGGGGGAAUUUCCUCAGGAAUGUUUCUAACACCUGGUUCCGGGACCUGGUGGAGCUGGAGGUCCUCUACCUGGAUCGAAACAGGAUCAACUACAUUGAGGAAGGGGCUUUCGAAAACCUCACCAGCUUGGUCGCUUUGCACUUGAACAGCAACAACCUGACGACUCUGCCCUUUUCUGUCUUCCAGCCCAUCUACUUUCUGGGGCGGCUGUACCUCUUCCGCAACCCCUGGGAAUGCGACUGCCGCAUUGAGUGGCUGAAGGAGUGGAUGGAGAAUUACAGACUCGUCAGGGAUAUUCCCUGUGCCUCCCCUUCCUCAGUAGCGGGGAUUGAUCUGACGGAUGUGCUCUACGACAGAUCGCCAGAAGGUUACUGUCUUGACCCAGUAGAGCUAAAUGUCACUUUCUACAGCCCAACCCCAAGUGGAGAGCCUUUCUCUACCACAGAGAGCAAGUUCAACAGCCUUAUCUCGAAACUCCUGCUCCAAAUGGGCCUUUCCGAAGAUGUGGCAAACACCACUGAAGUGUUCAGUAACACCACUCUGCCGGAUGGACUAACCCAUGGGGUCUCUUCUGGGGUGGGGGAACAGAGAAUCAAGGCUGUCUCCUCUUUUCACCUCCCAGUACUUUUUACAGCGGUUAUUUUGCAGAGUAAAUAGUCCAAGGGCUGCCUGGAACUUGGCUCCUUCUUAAGCUUUUAGUCCCUGUACAGGUAGUCGUUAGGGAACAGUUUGCAUUGUGGGCCUCAGAUGGGUAUCUGGCUCCGAGCUCCCCGGGGAGUUGGUUGGACCUGCUACCAGGUUGGGCCCCACUCAGUUGCAACCUUCUUGAUGCCAGAAACUUGUGCCGUGUGUUCUCAGGGUCUCAUGGGCACAAGCAGAGCUUUAUGGCAGAUCAGCAAUGAAAGAAUAGCAAUAAGGUUGAAUUACCUUAGGGACAUGUGAUUUUCCCUCCCAGAAGUGACCUGAAAAGGUACCCUGUACUAAAAGCAAUGUGGCAACAUUUGUCCCGUUGGGUCAGUUCCAGUUCCAUGCGGAUGCAUGACUGAAUUCCCAUUAGACUUUAUAAGAGCAAGAAAAAACAGCAAAAUUGGACCUCUUCUUAUAUCCUGACACCCACGCUGAGGCCUGCUCUGCUGCAUGGUGGUGGUGUAACACAGCGGGGUGAUUCCUGAUCUCCACCAGCAUGUGAGGGGGAGCAGGCCUAUUCCUGGCAACAUGCACAGCUGCUGCACUGGCCAUAGUGAAAAGGAAAAUACUGCCUGAGGAAAAUACUGCAGGCUAUUGUCAGAGAGUCUGCGAUGAGCACAGUGUUUUGGCUGUGACCAUUGACGGGAUUUUUUAUCCUUGCACUGCUAUCCUGGCACAGGUGCGAUAAAACCAGACAGAUUAAUUUUUGUUAAACAGUCUUCUGUAAGGAAAAGCUAUUUAAAUCUAAUAGUUUAUUUA